AUGGGUAAUAAUCAACCCGGCGGUUUUAACAAACGCGACCGUCCUGGAGAAGGUUUUGCAGGUAUGCAAUUGCAGUUCUGUGCCAACACGCUUGAGUUUUAUAACUUGUGAAG